AUGGCAGACUUGAAGUCUGCAAUCCCUACGGAUGCGCCUCCAUCUUAUGAGGCUGCGUCUGUCCCUCCCCAAGAGCCGCAACCCGGGGCGCCUCCACGCCGACUUCGACCUCCUCCGCCGCUCGAGUUGCCCGCAUUGAACUUGUUGCGCGGCAAACGGGUUAUUCUCGCAUCGCAGUCCCCUCGACGAAAACAGCUUUUGGCGCAGAUAGGCCUGACAAAUGUCGAGAUUGUGCCGUCAAAAUUCGAAGAGAACCUUCCCAAAACGCUCUCGCCGUUCGAAUACGUUCUCGCAACAGCAACUCAAAAGGCGCUGGCGGUCUACAAGCACGAAGUGGACAAUAGCGAGAAGGGAGAGCCGGGAUUGAUCAUCGCCGCGGACACCAUCGUGGUUAGCAGCUUAGGGGAGAUUUUGGAGAAGCCUAGGAGUGAAGUACAUCAUAUCAACAUGCUCAAAGGCUUGAGAGAUACUGGCUUGCACAAGGUAUACACGGCCGUUGCGCUCGUGACGCCUCUUCAGAGCGCGCGAGAUCCGGGCUAUGCACUGGAAACUGCGACAGAGGAGACGACAGUCAAGUUUGACCAUGAGAUCACAGAUGAGCUGCUGAUGGCGUACGUUCGCACGAGGGAGGGGGCAGACAAAGCAGGCGGAUAUGGCAUUCAGGGCACUGGCGCUAUUCUUGUCGAAAGGAUAGAGGGAAGCUUCGAUAAUGUGGUUGGCCUGCCAUUGAGGACGACCUUGAAGCUCAUUGGAAAGAUUAUGGCCAAGUCUGAUGACGAUGACAUGCUGGCAGGCGAAGAAGAUCUGCUCGAAGAAGAAUGA